AUGAUACGACUUAUAAAACGACAAAAGGCUGGGCUUUUCUACGGAAUUCAACCCUCAUACAAGUUCACUUACGAUGACAUCUCUACCGCGAGUCUUCACACUGAUCAACCAAUACUCAAGGGAGCUGCUCAAAAAGCUGCUUAUGAUUUCGUCAAAGUAGCGAUCACUAAAGUUGUCACAAAUCAAAAGCUGGCCCUGGCCUAUUUACCGGAGAUCACCUUUUUCGGAUUGGAUAGACCGAUGAUACUGAAGAAGAUUGUGAAAACCCUUAACGUAACCACCACCACCGUUAACCCGGCCGCUGCCACCACCACUGGUCCUUCAACAGUUGCACCCGUCACAGAGGGCUGCUCAGCAAAUCCAAAUCUCGAUGUGAAAGAAUUCAUUGUGAGUACGUCCGGUUUCGUGACUCGACCCUGUCACGCAGUUGACUCAUCCCAAACGAGCUUUGCCACUUGGCCUCUAUUUGUGCAAGUCAACUUUGAGCUGAAAUCUUCGGUGAAGACAGCGACUAUGAAAUCAAUUAUCAGUCAAUUCAAAGCCGAACUUGGACCAAUGAUGCAACUCAUCAAACCGAUGGCUGAGUUCUAC